UUUCCGAGUCUGUUUAAGUCAGUUUUAGUAACAUCGUCAAGGCGUGUGGACGGUAAAACGUGAUAUUUGUGUGAUUUAUAGUGUCUCGGUUAUUGUUUGAUUACGGAAUCACCUGUUGUGGGCAAUAGAUAGAAAUACGUGAUUUCCUUCAUCAACAAUUGUCGCUUAUCAUCAUCAGCAGCAUUCUUAACAACUUGAUGUCGGCACGAUGAAACCUAGUGUUUUCCUGUACGUCGUUGUAUUAGCCAUCACCUGUAACACAGGUUACACUGAAUCGUAUAAAAUACUUGGACUGUUUCCACAUCCUGGUAUUAGCCAUUUUCAGUUUUUCGAACCGAUACUGAAGGGGUUGGCUGCCGCCGGUCACGAGGUUACAGUCGUAAGCCACUUUCCGAAUGCAAAUCCUCCACCAAAUUAUGUCGAUUUGCCGUUGACGGGUGUAGAGUUACUAGUUAAUUCCGUCGAUCUGCAGCUCUUCGAAUAUCGGCCAGCUUUCUCUCAUUUCAUUGAGUUUUUUAUGCUGUACGACUGGGGAAAGCAAUCCUGUAACAAUGCCCUUAACUCUCCCGCCAUCAAGCAAGUGUUGGAAUCCAAAGUUCAAUACGAUCUAGUACUUGUGGAACAGUUCAAUAACGACUGUAUGCUCGGAGUGGCCCACUUGCUGAACGUGCCCUACAUUGGUCUAAGCAGUUGCCCACUGAUGCCAUGGCACUACGACAGAAUCGGAAAUCCCAAUAUACCUUCCUACAUCCCGGCGUUGUUUAUGGGUUACUCGGAAAAGAUGACCUUCUCCCAAAGGGUGGCGAAUUACAUCACAGCUCAACUGUUCAAAUUGAUGUACAGUUGGUUCAGUGAUAACUCGGCCAAUGCAAUGCUGAAGCAACGUUUCGGUGACAAUAUGCCGGAUAUUAAGGACCUGCAGAAACGUACCAGUAUGAUGUUUGUCAAUCAGCAUUACUCGCUCAGUGGUCCGAAACCAUUGACUCCGGCAGUGGUUGAGUUGGGCGGUAUUCACAUUCAGGAGUUCAAAGAACUAGACCCGACGCUGCAAAAGUUGUUGGACUCGGCGGAUCACGGAGUUAUCUACAUCAGCUGGGGAUCUAUGGUUAGAGCCGAAACGCUGCCAGAAGAUAAACGCAACGCCAUACUGAGUGCGCUAGGUUCGUUCAAGCAGCAAGUUAUCUGGAAGUGGGAAAACGAAACCCUGCCGAACCAACCGUCCAACGUGUAUAUCAGGAAGUGGCUACCGCAGCGAGAAAUUCUGUGUCAUCCAAAGGUUCGGGUCUUCAUGAGCCAUGGUGGAUUGCUAGGAAGCUCUGAAGCUGCUUACUGUGGGGUUCCAGUUAUAGCGACACCCAUGUACGGAGAUCAAUACAAUAAUGCCGCUGCCUUGGAACACCGUGGAAUGGGAUUCGUUUUACCUUAUGAACAAAUCACGCGAGACUCGGUAAAUGAAGCACUAAAGAAGGCUUUGGAUCCCGUCACAAUGGAAAAUGCGAAAAAAGUUUCCUUCUCGUUCCGGAACCGACCUCAAAGUGCACUCGAAACAGCCGUCUGGUGGUGUGAGCAUGUAGUCGCAACCGGUGGCCUCCCAUUGGCCAAAUCGUACUCAACCGAGAUGCCCUGGUAUUCGUACCAUUUACUGGAUGUGCAAAUUGCGAUUAUUACCUUUGUGAUUGUUUAUCAUCUCUGUGAGAUAUGGCUGUUCAAACGGAUUUGCUGCCGAGGGGUAUCCGCCUUCAGCGACGACAAAGUGAAGACCAACUAACUGAAUAUUCUAGUAGAUUAGAGUUAAAAUCGAGAACGUUGGAAAACGUCAGACAUAUCCGUACUUGGUGCACUUGUAGUGAGAAACAAUACUGUUAGACUAGUUAGGAAAAGAUAUACGAAAUGAAUAAAGCUUAAGGAUUUAGAAUCAACAA